AUGGCAAGCCAACUCCCAGACGAGGUCCUUCUCCAGAUUUUGCACUACCUCCCCAAAAGUGUCAAGUACCCUAAGCCGCAAGCCGACUUACUCAAUGCGCUCUCGACGUGCAAACAACUGGCACCACUUGCCCGAGAGGUUCUCUUCUGCGCACCAAUACUGUACUCAAGCAAGGUCGACCAAUUUCUCGCUUCACUCUUCCAGUACCCAGACCUGCGAUACAAGAUCCGCAGCUUGACCAUCGAAACGGAAAUCCGUGGGAUGUGCAUAGGACCGAACCCUAUUCCAGCACUCGACUCGGAGCUAUUAUCGAAAGCCAUCAGCCAUAUCAGCACAUUAGACAUCGAUCCUCUGACGAAACAACACUUUACCGAAUCCCUCCAUGCCGGAAACGAAUACGACGGGCCUAGCAUCCUCCUCAGCCUCGUGCUGACCAUGCUACCCAAUCUACAGGAACUGUAUCUCGGGGGCUCGAUACUGUACAACUUUCCCUUCCUCCAACCCCUGCUCUACCAUAGCAGCCUCUUUCCAGCCUACACCCCCGAUCUAGGCCCUCUCCUCCCUCUCUUCAGCCACAAACUUACGGUCCUUGAAUUACCCAACGACUUCCGCACCUCGCCUUCCAGCCGGUCCGAUUAUCGAGGCUCUGUGCAUGGUAUCCCGAAGUACUUCCCCGCGUUGCGCACGCUUGUGCUGCCGAGUGACAAUGUUGUAUAUGCGUACUACAAAGAAGUCGUGCCGUCCAAGCUCGAACGGCUUAUCUUGACCGACUGUCUCGGUAGGGAGGCAGAAAGUGGUAUUGAGCUUGAUCUUUCGGAAGCGACCAUGGAUGAGAAAGAGCGUAGGUGGAACAAGGUUAAAAGGGAUGAGAAGAAGAAGCGAGAGGCUAGGAAAAUUGCAUGGGGCGGAGUUACAGGCGUGCGGAACCACACGGCAUCGUAG